UUUUAUGCUCAGCUCUACAAACUAAAUCAGAAAAUUAUUUUAAUCAAUAUAUAGAAGGGUUAGUUAGGAAGUUAGGUGAGGUUAGUCCAUCUUUUUUGAAGUAUUUUCAGGAUUUUUACUUAUGUAGAAAAGAAAAGUGGGCUAUGUGUUUUCGAAAUGCAGAAUACUAUAAUAUAGACACAAAUAUGUUUCUUGAAAGCUUUCAUAAUCAGUUAAAAAAUAUUUAUUUUGAAGGAAAACGAAAUCGCAGAGUAGAUGUCCUUGUAGAAACAUUACUCCAGAUUGAAAAUAAUCUCUUUUUCAAACAUUUUGCAAAGAAAACCUAUAACUUACCAUCAAAAGAAGAUGUUAAAGUUAAUGACCGUCAUGAAAAUAGUUUCAGCAUUUCAGAAUCAGAUGUUUCACAAGUAAAUGAAAACACUUUUAUGAUAAAUUCACAAAACAGUAUCUAUACCAUAGAAAUUCAUUGUCAAUCCUGCCCAGAAUCACAUUGUUUAGUCAAAUGCAAGAAAAUUCCAUGCAUAAAUUUAUGUCGGCACCUCUUAACUUGCAACUGUCCUGACUAUAAUCAAGGGAACAUAUGCAAGCAUACUCAUAAAGUAUUUGGUAUCAUUAAUAAAAAUAAAGAAACAGACAUAGAAGGCCAUCAGUUACAUGUACCAUCAACUAAUGUACCAGAUAAAGUCCAAGGUGUAAAUUCAACUAUUACCUCACAAUCAAAAACGACAAAAAUCAAAGAAAUUCAAGACAAAUUAAAGAUAAUAUCAGAUCAGGUCCAAAAUGACAAAACUGUUCAAGAUCAUAGGCUAGACAAUGUGCUUCUUGCUUUGAACCAUAUAAUAUCUGCAAAUGAAGGUUGCAAAAAAAUAUCAAGGUCAUUUCUCCAGUUCUCAGAAACUGAAAAAGUAACAUCAAAUGCUAUAAUUGAGAAACAGCCCAGAUUUAGGCGUACAGAAAAAACUGCUGGGAGAAAACGAAAAGCACCAUUACGAAAACCAUCUGAGGGUGAGAAAAUCAAACUUUUGGAAAAUUUGCAACAAAAUCAUGAAAUUCAAGGUGAAGACUCUGUUACUAAUUCACAGAACUCAAAUUCUGAUCAAACAUCAGGUAGAGAUAACGAACCAAGUACAGCUUCUGAGUUAGGACCAUCUGUUGCCCCAUAUCCUCCACUAAGAUUAGUUCGUCCUUCUCAGCCAGCAAACGUACCCAUACAAACAACAGAACCCUUAUUAAAUGUUUUUCAGCAACAAGGUCUACCUUCUUCAUAUAGAAUACCCCCAUCUCUGUAUGGUAGAAGAAUAACAGUUAUUCAAAAUAACAGAAAACAAGAUAUAUUUCAUAAUCAAUCAGGAAAACCGCCAAAAUAUGGCUGA